CGGCGCUGAUGUCCGGCGACGUCAUAUCCGGUGAGUCUCUCUCAUUAAGACGGGCUUGGCGGCGUCUCCGCGGCUCAAUUUUUUGGGUUUUGUCCAGUGAAUCCGGCGUCAAUCGGAGCCAUCAGAACCGCAAACAUGACGGUGGGCAAGAGCAGCAAGAUGCUGCAGCACAUCGACUUCCGCAUGAGGUGCAUCCUGCAGGACGGCCGAGUCUUCAUCGGCACCUUCAAGGCCUUCGACAAGCACAUGAACCUCAUCCUAUGCGACUGCGACGAGUUUCGCAAGAUCAAGCCCAAGAACACCAAGCAGCCCGAGCGGGAGGAGAAGAGAGUCCUGGGCUUGGUCCUGCUGAGGGGGGAGAACCUGGUCUCCAUGACGGUGGAGGGCCCGCCGCCCAAAGACACGGGCAUCGCUCGCGUCCCUCUGGCGGGCGUGGCCGGAGGUCCCGGCGUGGGUCGGGCGGCGGGCCGCGGCGUCCCGGCAGGCGCCCCCGUGCCUCAGGCUCCGGCAGGGCUGGCGGGGCCCGUGAGGGGAGUGGGCGGUCCUUCGCAGCAGGUGAUGACGCCACAGGGCCGCGGCAACGUGGCCGCCGCCGCCGCGGGGGCUAGCAUCGCAGGGGCGCCCACGCAGUAUCCGCCCGGACGUGGUGCCCCGCCUCCGAUGGGCCGCGGAGCUCCUCCUCCUGGUAUGAUGGGCCCGCCCCCUGGCAUGCGCCCCCCUAUGGGUCCGCCGAUGGGCAUGCCCCCGGGCAGAGGGGCGCCGAUGGGCAUGCCCCCACCGGGCAUGAGGCCGCCGCCCCCCGGCAUGAGAGGACCGCCCCCUCCUGGCCUGAGACCGCCCCCUCGUCCUUAAAAGUUUUUUUUUUUAUUUUUAGUUUUUUUUUUUUUAAAUAAAGAUGGACGUU